AUGAGUUCUCCACUGCGCCCUAGUAUGGCUUCUGGGAACCGCGGUGCGGCGCCCCGGCUCAACCGCAAACGCUCCCGCGGCGCGGCGGACGACGGCGGGUCGUCCGCAGGUGCUGCGUCCAGCCCUAUUCCAUCAUCGCCACCCGGGUUUGAUAUCGUCCAUGGACAGGACGACGAUAACGAUGAUAUCGAAGAAGAUGUUGAGAUCCAGGACGACAUUGAUGAACUCGACGAGUUGGCCGAGGACGAUGUCGACCUUUUCCGCGAAGGAUUCGAGCGUGACUAUCGCGAGAAGGAUGAGACCGAUGUCUACGAGGGCAUUGACCUUGAUGACGACAAUGAUUUCGACACCAUGGACUUGGGCGACCGUCGCCGGCUUGAAGCACGGCUAAGCCGUCGUGAUCGCGAAGUUGCACGGCGCCAGCAGCAAGGCAUGCCGACGGCGUUUUUGCCAGGAGAUGAUGACGACGACGGCGAGGGCGGUGGCAUAGAUUUGACGGCGCAGCCUCGGCGGCGGCGUCACCGGAUGGAUGAAGACCCGGAUGAAAUGCUUGAUGGUGACAUCAUGGAUGAAGAGCUUUCUUUGGAGGCGCUUCAGGACGUGAAAGCAGCCAGCCUUACUGGGUGGGUGUCGCAGCCGGCAGUGCAGCGUACGAUCAAGCGUGAGUUCAAAGCCUUUUUGACCGAGUACACGGAUGAGAGUGGCUCGUCGGUGUACGGCAGCCGGAUCCGAACGCUUGGCGAGAUCAAUGCGGAGUCGCUCGAGGUGUCAUACGAUCACCUUUCUUCGGCAAAGGCUAUCCUCGCAUACUUUUUGGCCAACGCUCCCACAGAAAUGCUCAAGCUCUUCGACGACGUCGCCAUGGAUGUAGUUCUGCUUCACUACCCAGAUUACGAGCGUAUCCAUUCGGAGAUCCAUGUUCGUAUCUUCGACCUACCUGUGCACUAUACCCUUCGCCAACUCCGCCAGUCUCACCUCAACUGCCUGGUUCGUGUGAGCGGUGUGGUGACUCGGCGCAGCGGUGUGUUCCCGCAACUGAAAUACGUUAAAUUCGACUGCUCUAAGUGCGGCGUCACUCUAGGGCCCUUUCAGCAGGAAGCCAAUGUUGAGGUGAAAAUCAACUACUGCCAAAGUUGCCAGUCGCGUGGCCCCUUCACCCUCAACUCAGAGAAGACGGUCUACCGCAACUACCAAAAGCUUACCCUGCAGGAGUCGCCCGGUACCGUACCGGCAGGUCGCCUACCUCGUCACCGCGAAGUCAUUCUCUUGUGGGACCUUAUCGACAGGGCGAAGCCUGGCGAGGAGAUUGAAGUAACCGGCACAUACCUCAACAACUUUGAUGCCCAGCUUAACAACCGGAACGGGUUCCCCGUUUUUGCCACAAUUCUCGAGGCCAACAAUGUGGUGAAGGCUCAUGACCAGCUUGCUGGGUUCAAGAUGACUGAGGACGACGAGCAGGCAAUCCGGAAGCUCGCACGAGACCCACAAAUUGUGGACAAGAUCGUGCAGUCGAUGGCGCCCAGCAUUUAUGGCCAUGACGACAUCAAGACGGCUGUGGCAUUGUCGCUGUUCGGUGGCGUAGCCAAAGUCCGUAAAGGUGCCCAUCACGUCCGCGGCGACAUCAACGUGUUGCUGCUAGGCGACCCUGGUACCGCAAAGUCGCAAGUUUUAAAGUAUGUCGAAAAGACAGCACACCGUGCGGUGUUUGCGACUGGCCAGGGUGCGAGUGCUGUGGGUCUUACGGCGAGUGUGCGACGCGACCCGCUAACAAGCGAGUGGACGCUCGAGGGAGGUGCGCUGGUACUUGCAGACAAAGGCACUUGCUUGAUCGACGAGUUUGACAAGAUGAACGACCAAGACCGCACGUCGAUCCAUGAAGCGAUGGAGCAGCAGACAAUCUCAAUUUCGAAGGCCGGCAUUGUGACGACGCUGCAGGCGCGGUGUGGUAUCAUUGCGGCGGCCAACCCUAUCGGAUCACGCUACAACGCAACCAUCCCGUUCGCGGCCAACGUGGAGCUGACGGAACCCAUCUUGUCGCGUUUUGAUAUCUUAUGCGUCGUGCGGGAUACGGUCGAUCCGGAAGAGGAUGAGCGGCUCGCACGAUUCAUUGUUAACUCGCACAGCCGCAGCCAUCCGGCAAUUGAACCUGACUCCAUGCAAGCGAACACGUCCCAAGACGAUCAGACCCAGAAGACUGCCCAAGGCUCACCUUCGUCUACCUCUGUAAGCAAAACACCUGACAACCAGAUCCCGCAGGAUCUGCUCCGCAAGUACAUCCUAUAUGCCCGUGAGCGGUGCUCGCCCAAGCUCUACAACAUGGAUGAAGACAAAGUUGCGCGUCUAUUUGCCGACAUGCGGCGCGAAUCGCUUGCCACGGGUGCAUACCCAAUUACAGUGCGCCACCUUGAGGCAAUUAUUCGCAUUUCAGAGGCGUUCUGCCGUAUGCGACUUUCGGAUUACUGUACAGCCCAGGACAUUGACCGUGCAAUUGCCGUGACGAUUGAAAGCUUUGUCGGUAGCCAGAAGGUCAGCUGCAAGAAGGCUCUCGCACGCGCAUUUGCCAAAUACACGUUGGUACGGCCUGGCCAGGGAUUCGGUCUCCGAGCGAUGACAAGCGGGAACGGCGGGCGCAAUGCUCGGUCAUCGUCUGUGACUGUUUAG